UUCACCUGCGGGAUCGUCUGAAACCAGCCACCCGGAUAGCUGAUGAAACUGAGUUUUCACAACCAAAUCAUUUCUGCACAAACUGUCAGAAACCAUUUCAGGGAAGCUCAUCUGCAUGCUCGUUGUUCUCACCAGGGCCUUGACCUCACUGCAGUUGGGCAUUGAAACCGACUUCAGUGAGAAAAUGCUCACCUUCGAUGGCCACUGGCACGCUUAAGAAGUGUGCUCUUCACAGAUGAAUCCCGGUUUAAAGUGUACUGGGCAGAUGGCAAGCAGUGGAGGUUCUAGCUUGUAUGGCUCCCUGGGUGAACCCCCCCCCCCCCCCCCAAAUUGUAGUAUAUAAAUACAAAUAAAAAAGAUAAUCGAAUUAUUACACUAUUACCCCAUUGCUAACAAAAAACACACAUUAAACUAAAUUGCACAAAUCCUUUAUCACACAAAUAGAAUAACACACUUAUAAAGAAGAUAACCUGAUUAUUACACUAUUGCACUUCAAACAAGAAACACACAAACUUCAUGAGCUUCAGCUUUAAAACCCUGAACUUUCUUGCCUUCAUCAAUUACAUCAGCAUAAUAAAUCUGCCCAGCGAUUGCAUAGUUAAUACUGAUGACAGAAAGGCCACUAAGGCGUUCCUGUGACAUGGUGGACCUCAGGUAGGAUUUCAUGAGCUUCAGCUUUAAAAAGCUCUUCUCUGCUUCAGCUAUGGUCACUGGAAGAGUAAGACACAUUCUGAGAGCAGUCCACAAAUUUGGACACAUUUCUAAGAGCUCCCUUUUGUGCAUAAAAAUCAUCAGCACAAGCAGGGUCAUGGUCUUCGAUGGCAAGUCAGGCAAGUUCUUCAGUUCCUGUGCAAGCUCUCUGCCAUCCAAGUCUGAGUGUUCUUUAUAGUGCAGUGUCAUACUAAGGGCCUCUCAUUGUUCUGUCAGCUCCUCAUUUGAGAGACUUUGGAAGGUUGACAGCACUCCAAACUUCUCUCCCACACUUCCCGAAGGGCUGAGGUUGCAGAAUCGACAAAGACAUUAGAAAAAAUGUCACCUCCAGCUUCUUCAGGGCCAUCACUCAAAGGCUCAUAAAAGGAUUUGUAUGAAAAGUGCCUGCUUUGUGGACCUGAGACUUUUCUGUUGUAGAACGGCCUCUACAUUCAUACCGUCGCAAACAUCCUUGGCUGACAUUUGUGCGGUCAUAAAGCCUGUGGCCCUGUAGUUGCUGAGACCUCGCUCUGUCCUUUCUGAGAAGUCUGACUGCAACAUCCACAUGCAUACUGGGAGGCUGCAUCAGCUUGCUCACAUGUUGGAUCUGGCUCCAGAUGUCACACCACACCUCCUGUGACAAGGACUGGGCCUCAAUCUUUAUCACAGGGUCUUUGGUUUGAUCACUCACCUCAAUCAGUGCCUCUCUCACCGCUGCUGCCUGAUACCUCAGUGGCUCGACAAUCUUAACUUUACUCUCCCACCUCGUCUCAGUCCACAUCUCCACAUGUUUUUUUUCGGCCCAUCGCUGUGUGGAGGCUGAGAACAGGGUGUACAGUUUGUGUAAGAUGCCAAAGUAUAGAAUGAUAGAGAAUAAUUUUGCCAGCUUGAUGUCACCCACCGUGAUUGAAAUUACCUCAAGAAAUCAAUGAGUUCAUUCUGUAUUUGGUGGCCAAAGCAGUUGGUGGUGUGACUCGAGGUCCCUUUUUAGACACGGUUGAGGUGCUCUUUCAUGACUGGAUCAAAUUGUGCCAGCAGUUCAACCUCUUUGAGGAAAUUUCCAUUUGAUGGAGAGUACAGCAUUUCUGUGCGUCCCCUUAGUGCCAGAUGUGCUAUUUGAUAGAUUCUCCCGCUCCCCCCCUACCUCGGGCUUCCAGUGGGGAGACCUGAGGUCAACCUAACCCCUCCCCAUCUCGUACUUCUGAGUGGGAGACCUUCCCAGGUAAUAGCCUUCUUAGCUACCGAACUAGAAUCAGGGCGCCCACUCUGACAAGGUUAAUUGACCCACAGUCCCACACGGUGACGUGCAAGUGAGCGAUAGAAAACCAAUCGCGCAAAUGUCACCAUUCCAAAAAUGUUUGUUUGGCCGCCUCGUGCCGCCCCCAGCAAGAUGGCGCCCUGGGUGGCUGCCCAUGUUACCCAUACCUAAAUCCGCUACUGGAUGUUGUGUCGGUGAGCGGUUUGUCGAUGUCAGCUUUGUUAACAGAGUGCCCCGUGUUGACGGUGGGGUUAUGAUAUGGGCAGGCAUAAGCUCCAGACAACGAACACAAUUGCAUUUUAUGGAUGGCAAAUUGAAUGCACAAAGAUACCGUGAUGAAAUCCUGAGGCCCAUUGUUGUGCCAAUCAUCUGUCUGACCAUCACCUCACGUUUCAGCAUGGUAAUGCACAGCCCCACAUAGCAAGGAUCUGUACAACAUUUAUGGAAGCUGAAAAUGUCCCAGUUCUUCCACGGCCUGCAUACUCACCAGACAUGUCACCCAUUGAGCAUGUUUUUGGGAUGCUCUGGAUCGACGUGCACGACAGCGUUUUCCAGUUCCAGACAAUAUUCAGGAACUUUGCACAGCCAUUGAAGAGGAGUGGGACAACAUUCCACAGGCCACAAUCAACAGCCUGAUCAACUCUAUGUGAAGGAGAUGUGAACGCGGGAACGUGGCUUUUACAUUUUUAACCAAUAACGCAGAUCUUCCGUGAUCUGGAACGAAUCCAAACCUUAACCAGGUUAGUCCUGUUCAGGUAAAAAAUAUAUUUUUCUGAAAAUCCCUAUCUUAAAACAUGUGCAAUGCGAAUGUGUGGAGCCUACUGUAAGUAUCGAACAGUUAUUCACCCCCAUGACGAAUAAGCCAAACCCGAGAGGCAACCAAAAGAAAAAAAGGGGGAAAAAAAAGAAAAAAAAACUAUUUUGUCAAAGUCAGACAAAACCUCACAGACCCUUUAAAUGAGCCGUUCAAAAUUCUGAAAAGGACGUACCGAAAGGAAAAAAGAAAAAUAAGAAAAGAAACAAGAAACAGAAAAGUUAUCAGAGCCACUGUCUGUGUACCUCACAAUGGCUCUCGCUGAAGUUUGUGUCUCUUCUGAUCUUCUCCCAGCUGGACUUCUGAUUUCCACCCUGUCUCCUCUGAUCUGCCUGCAGACAUCCGACAGCCUUUUGCCAGCCUGUGAGCUGUCAAAGUACCCCUGGAAUCAAACGCCCAGCCAUCCCAUCUCCAUGCUCCGGCAUGAUCAAAGAGGCACAGCGUUUGAUGGAAUGCUGGCUGGACAAUCAGACCUUGAUGAUGAUGCUUGAGUUCUCAGAAAGAACAGGAGAGAGGUCAUAUAAAGACAUGCAACAAGUAGUCUGCACUAUCCACCUCACCAUCACACAGAAGAGCUCCUCUGUCCAGUGGGACGCCUGCUGCCCCUCUCAGAGCUGGGCGACCCUUCACCUCUGCUGUGCACUGAGGCAGACACAAGCCUCUGAGUGUCUGCUUCCAUCGUCUGCCCACUCCCUGCCUACGUGUUUGUAAUGCGCUGUGUGUGUGUGUGUACUGCGUGUGUGUGUGUGUUUGUGUACGGUCCGUGGAGCAUCCAUAGCCACGGGCCUCUCCUGUCCAAUCCUGGCCCCUCAAACAAGGCAGAGGCUUCAGCUUGAUUAACCACUUAGUUCAUCCCCUCAGACAGAAUAAUGCAGGGAGAAAGCAGAGUAAUGAAGUGCUUCUCUGACGCCUUGAUUUUUUGGGGGUUCAGUACUGUUUGUUCCCUGUGGACAAUCUGAAGAUGCUUCUUUUUUCGCCAAAACAAGUGCCCAUCCAUGUCCCUCUCUCGUCAUCCCUAACUGGUGUGAAUAAACAUAAUCAUAAUGGUACAUAUUUUGAGAGGAAAUUGGAGGCUUUUUCUCUCAAAUCACUUCUGAUGGGCUGUUCAUCUUUCUAAUUAUGUAGAUUAUACUGUGUGUGUCAGACAUGGGCUCAACAGACACGGAAUAGAAGAGUGCUUUGCCUUUGUACCGGAUGGAGCAGAGUGUCAGAGUUCCACAAAGGUUGGCAAUUACGUUCUCCUGUAUGCUUCUUUGUUCAUGGGAAGAGGAACUGCACUCGACAGACAGACAUGGAUAGACUGUCUCAAGAAUGAUUGAGGAUUGAGGAGUCAAGACUUAGCUGAAAGUCAAGUAACUGUGCAGAGCCUGCAGUCUAGCAGCAACACUCACGGCUAGACACAUAUACCAAUCCCCAGACCCCACCGUGAACUGGGGUUCAAUUCCUGCAUCUACUGUUCUCCUACUUGCCUGUCUCCCUCUUUGUUUCCAACUGUCUAAAUUAAGUGCAAAAUGUAAAAAAAUAUAGAAAAAAGGAAUGUCAAGUAACUGCUGAUAGUAUUUUUCUUUCAUGAUAUCAAAUCGCCUACAUUCAUACUAAAUUUACAAUGUACAUUUACAAUGUACAGUAUCUGACUUGAAGGACUUCAAAUAGCCCUGUUUCCUGUAAACAAUAUUAUGUUAAGAACUUGCACGAACACCCCUCAUUGAGGAAAUAGAUGCCAUGUCAAAAACUGAAGAUUCACCUGAAACUUUUACAGAAAAUGUCACUUAUACUUUCGAUCACCGCUCCUAAAAGCUCGAACUCCAUCCUAACAACGCAUCCCUCUUUGGAAAAGACGCCACGGAGUGAGUGAUGUGACACACAUUCAUCAGUGUACAUAGCAGGAUGACUUGUCAAAAUCUGCGGGUGAUUAUUUCUGUCCAAGAUAUGUCCAACCAAGGAUUUGACGUAACAACUUCCCUUUGCACUCCGCUCCAAUAGACACAAAAGAGGAAACAGGGGUUUGGUUAAAUAUCUAGGGCCUUUUCACUUGCCCAUCCAGGGCUAAUAUCCAAAGCUGAAGUUCGAGUGCAACAUUAUAAUACUCCAUUGACUUCACCUACAGACCUGCUAACCACUCCAAACACAGACAAGACCACUCGUGGAGAGCCAUGUUCGAUUCCCCGACUGACCUGCCUGUGGUGCAGCUGGUGAGGGGUCAACUAAGGGGACAGCCUGAGGGGGUGAAGCAGGAAUACUUGGGCCCACCAGGACCACAUCCCCAUACCUGGCCCCAGCAGCACCGGCACUACCUCUACCCUCCUCACCCUGCCUGUCCAACCCGGCCUGCCAGCCCUCCAUGCCCAUACCAGGGGGCCUACUACACAGAGCAGCAGCCUCCAGCCUGGUAUCAACCACACAACACAUGGGAGGUCCAGAGCCACCUGGAGGGCUCUAAGUUCCACCUGCACCAGGCCCAGAGUCAGCAGGUCAAGCAGUACCUGACCCUGGGUUCCAAGCUGGCCGGGGGACAAGGGGGCCAUCCUAACCCCACUGCGCAGGGCGGGCAGCUCCUGGGCACCGUUCCAGUGAUGAGGAAUGCCCCCCUCAGCGAUGGCAGCACCCCCAGCAGCCCCGUUACACUGCUGACCCUGGCAUCCAACCACGACAGUGAGUUUCCAAUGGAUGAAGUUAUUGAUGACUUGAUUAGCCUGGAGUCCGGCUUCAAUGACGGGGGCUUGGAUUGUAUGGAUCCCAGCAUCAUAAUGCAAAACAAUGUGCUGAGCAGCAGCAUGCUGGACAUCUAUGGGUGUGAACCAGGUAUGACUACAGCCCCUCAUGGCCGAAUGACACCCACCUCACGCCCCACUAAGCUCACUACUGUAAAAAGGGAAGUCACAGAACAUGAAACGAGAGUGAUGGCCAAAGAACGACAGAAGAAAGACAAUCACAACUUGAUUGAAAGAAGACGAAGAUACAAUAUCAACUACAGAAUCAAAGAACUUGGAACAAUGAUACCAAAGUCAAAUGACCCGUUAUCUUUUACGUCCCUCUGCCGUAGUGAUAUGCGCUGGAACAAAGGCACCAUUCUCAAGGCGUCGGUGGAGUACAUCAAGUGGCUGCAGAAGGAGCAGCAACACGCCAGAGAGCUGGAGAACAGGCAGAAGAAGAUGGAGCAGGCCAACAGGAGGCUACUGCUCAGGAUCCAGGAGUUGGAGAUCCAGGCCCGUGCUCACGGCCUCCCCAGCAUGGCCACUGCCCUGGGUACUGUAGAGCUCUCCUCCCAUCUCCUCAAACAACAGCAGCAGCAGCCCUUGGCUCCCCAGUCACAGCAGGGUCCUCAGCCACCCCUGUACCAGGAAGAGCUGAACGGGGAGUACCUCCAGAGGACCUCCAUGCCAGCCAUGACCACUGGGGGCGUCACUGGGGUUACAGACCAGGGUCAGGGGGUGGUUGACGGCUCCACCACUUUCUCCGACCCGCUUUCUCACUUCACAGACUUCUUCAGCGCCACGCUCAAAGAGGAGCAACGGCUGGACGAGAUCCUCAUGGACAACCCGCUCUCGCCGUUCGGCACCGACCCGCUUCUCUCCGCCGGCUCACCCGACGCCUCCAAGGACUCCAGUCACAGGAGCAGCUUCAGCUCGGACGAUGACGACCUAUGAUCCCUGAGCCCUACGCGACCCCUACGCGUCCCCCACGGUGACCCUGUGUCAAAGGUCAAAGGACAUAGAGCAGUUGGUCACCCUCGCAAAUUGGUGUGGGGAUUUGUUCCAGCCCAGCACCAACAACACAUCCGAUUCUACUGACCAGCUCGAAUCAAUGAGAGCUUGAUUAGUGGGCUCAGGUGUGUAAGUGCUGGGCCAGAGCAGACGCCUGCACACCCUGUGGCUCUCCAGGACCAGGGUUAGUUACCACUGGCAUUCCCACUUUUUACAAACUUUGGUGGAGAGUGUGUACCUCGCGGGCAGAACCAGACUCAUGAGAAAAAGGGAGAAAGACAAUCGGUCCAUACUGAUCACAUGAUACGGUUCCAAAAUGCAUUGGACACUGGGGUUGUUGUACACCACUGUAAACUUUGCAAUAUGCCAAAAGAGGACAGUGUCCUUUUUCAGAUGUCUACUAUUACGGUUAUUGUAUAAAAUGACUUUAAACCACUGAGGUUCACUGAUGGGCCCUAUCUAGAGCUAGUUACUGGUGGUUCCUCUUUCAGACAGAAAUUAAAAUGGAACAGUGAUACUUGGCGAAAAAGCCUAACACUUCCUUUGUUUUGUCUUUAAAUGUAUUUUUACCAAAUGUUUUAUGUAUGUAUGUGUUUUAAUCCAUGUAUUCCUAAAAAAAACAUUACAUUAUCUAACAUGCUCUCUUUUGUAUUCUUAGUGGGGGUGGGGGAAAAAAUAAAAUA